AUGGCUAUCCCACGCCUUUGUGACGAUAUUCUAUUCAGAAUUAUAGAGUUCUCCGACAUGGACACAGUGUCGUCCCUGAAGAAGGUACCUGGAUUUAGACACCUUAUUCAAACUUUUGAAACAUCCAUCGUAAAAAACAUCCACCGCAUGUCUACGAUGGCCGCCCUUAGCGAAGAACGCUUCCCUUUCGUCCUGAAAUACGACCUCACCGCCCUCAAGAAGGCCUCUGCCGAUCAAAUAAAGGCGGCCAAAAAGUCAGGGAGACAAGACUACCCACAAGCGAAGCCGACACUAGCCGGCAUGAACACCUUUGUAGCUGUUGAGGAGCUUCAGAGGCGCGAACAUGAUGUCGAGGUGUUGCUCAGAGCUCCCUCCCUCCUCAUCAAAACUUCCCUUGAUGGAAUACCCCAUAGUUGGCCAGCCUUGCCAAACACAAACUCACGGAGUCUUCUUCAGGCUCUUCUCAAGAGGGCCAUGACCCGCUGUGACGUCCUGGUCGACAUCGAGGGGCGGGCUAUGUCUGAAGUGGACGAGACAUCGUUCUGGUAUAUCGGCAUCCCAGAGGGGCCCCAGAUGAUGCGCUGGCUCACGUCCUGCUACACGCUCAAGUAUCAGGAGGAGUACCUUCGGAGUUUGCCCCUCGACUCGCUCAUCGAGCUCUACUUCCUCGGCACAUACCUCGCCGAGUGCCGCCAUAAGAAGACAUGCAAGCCCACCAUGGAUCUCAACUACUUCAAGGAAGAGCACGUCUUCCAGGAGGCGGUGCUCCGCCACGGCAGCUGGGCCAUGUUCAAUGAGUUCCGCGGCAGUGGCGGCCGGGCGAAGCACGACCGGGAGAUUCGCGACCAGAUCCGUGAGGGCAUGGCCCUCCGCCCCAACGAGGAUCCAACCCGGGCCGAGGUGUGGCACCUCGACGGGCUCAGGACGGCCCUGCACCACAUGCUGCUCGGCCGCCUGGGGGGCGAGCACAUCCGGGAGAUCGGGUGGCUCCGCGCCGAAGUCUACAAGCUAGUCGGGGCCAUGAUCGAGGCUCCUGAGGCGUUCGAGAACCCUCCUUCUUUGGAGGGACGCCCCGAUGAUACUCAGGGUGUUAACUCUGAGUGGUUCUAA